GUAAAAGGGAGAUCCAUUUUCAGCAGCUGCCCUGAUGUUAAGGGACUUUCUCCUGCCCAUCAUGGAAGCAGAUAGCUGGGAAUGGCUAAUGGCUCCAGUUCAGCAGCUGAUAUCCUGGGGUGCAUCGGCAGCCAUGGUUUUUGGAGGCGUGGUGCCCUACAUCCCCCAAUAUCGGGAUAUCAAAAGGACACAGAAUGCAGAGGGCUUCUCGACCUACGUAUGCUUAGUGUUACUAGUUGCAAACAUUUUAAGAAUACUUUUUUGGUUCGGGAGGCAUUUUGAGUCCCCUCUACUGUUGCAGAGCAUUAUAAUGAUAAUUACAAUGCUGCUGAUGCUGAAACGAUGCACUGAAGUACGUGUGGCAAAUGAGCUGAAUAUAAAACGGCGGUCCUUCUCAGCUGCAGAUAGUAAGGACGAAGAAAUCAAAAUACCUCCAAAGAGAUCCUUUUGGGAUUUUGACUUGAUCUAUUUCUGGCACUGGAGCAAGUUUACAGAUUAUGUGCAGUGUGUUCUGGCUUUCACCGGAGUGACAGGAUACAUCACUUACCUUUCUCUCGACUCUAUUAUCUUUGUGGAAACUUUGGGCUUCCUAGCUGUGUUCACUGAAGCCAUGCUGGGCAUCCCACAGCUCUACCGCAACUAUCAGAAUAGGUCAACUGAAGGAAUGAGUGUCAAGAUGGUGCUGAUGUGGACCAGUGGUGACACUUUCAAGACUGUCUACUUCCUUCUCAACCAAGCUCCUUUCCAGUUCUCCAUUUGUGGACUCCUCCAGGUCUUCGUGGAUAUGGCCAUCCUGGUGCAGGUUUACUUCUUCAGCUAUUUCCCGCAGAAGCCAACUUCACACCCAACACACCCAGCCAGUACAAAGGCACUUUGAGGCACGAGGUGGAGGAGUCUGUAAGUCAGCAGAGUUU